CCUGGUUCACUGGGAUUGACUCUCUGCAUGGAGUCACCUCACAGCUACUCUCCUGCCCAUGAACAUAGCACCUUUGAUGGUCACCAACCUGUACCACAACAGGCAGUACAAAGUAUGCCCUUGGAUCUGUCAUACCUCAGUAAUGUCUCUCCUUCAGACUCUCUGUCCUCAUCCUUGGGAGCUGCCACAUUUGGUGAUGGCUUGCUGGACCCAACAGUAUUUGGCAGUAGAGGCAGAGGUAGUGCAUACUCUAGUGAUAUUAGCUAUGGAGGCCAUGGACUUGCAUCACAGGUGCAACCUAAAGAUCCAGUUGCAGACCCCAGGGUACCAUUCAGUAACAGGGCACCUGGCAGAGCUACUUCACUUGAUACAUUUGGCCAUUACAAUAAAGGAACACCAUGGUUGACAGGUCUCAGCCCAAUGAACCAGGGCUUCAGCAUGAAUGAACAACAUCCUUUCACCAAUGGCUAUAGCAGCAUAACCUUGAAUAUGAUAGGUCCCAAUAUUCCCAUGACCCAAGUCCAUCGAUUUAACCAGGAGCCAUUCAAUGAUGCACCAUACAACGACAUGGGCAGCAUCAGCAGUCACCAACACCCUCCAUUUGCAAAACAGGUUAUUGAGGCUAAUGGAAUAAUGUUUAGUAAUGGCAUGAUCAAUGGUCUCAGCAAAUCACAGUACAAUUCUCCAACUCGGUCCCAGUACUCCCAGCUGUCUGCCUCAUUCCCACCCUCUGUGCAACAUCAGGCUGUGUCACCCAUUGGGGAGGUGUUGAUGCAGCCCUCAGUAUCCCCUCAUGUAUCUCACCCCCCAACCUCUGCCAUACUUUUGGAGGAUGACAAGCUGCAGGAUUGUCAAGUCUAUGGAGAGGAAUAUACUCAGACUUCAAGUUGGUUGAAGCUUAAACAAUGA